AUGCUGCAGAAGACCUACAGAGGUGUUGACAAAGUAAAGAGGAUUCACCUUCAAUCUCUACGAGGUGAAUUCUUGUCUUUUCGAAUGAAAUCCUCAGAAUCUAUUUCUGAAUUCGACUUCAUCGUUACGUUAGAAGAACUUAAAGACGUUUCAACCAUGUCUAUUGAAGAGCUCGUGGGUUCACUGCGAGCCCACGAACAGAAGUUGCACAGAGACAGUGAUAGAGCCUUAGAACAAGCUCUACAGACGAAGUUAUCCCUCAGUGAAGGAAGAGGCAGAGGUGGCAGAGGACUCUUCAGAGGAGGGAAUCAAAAUCAUGCUCCAAAAGGAGGUGGUCGAGGACAACAAAACCAUGCUUUAAGAAGAGGUGGACGAGGACAGCAAGGUCAUAAUCCAAGAGGAGGAGGACAAGGCAGAAGAGGCGGUUACAACAACAGUUCGAAUGUUGACAAAAGUAACGUUCAGUGUUACAAUUGCGAAAAGUAUGGCCACUAUAGCAACGAGUGCCGGGGAAGACCAACAUCAGAUCAAGUUGGCGAAACAACCAAUUUUGCAGACAAGGAGCCAGCAGGAGGAGAUUCAAUGAGUCUCAUGGCACACAGCCCAACCGAGCAGGAUCAAGAUGCUCGAGGGAAGUUGAUAACUCAAGUACAAAUGGCAAAGAACAGGAUGUUUCCGCUAACUAUUCUUCAUGACACGCCAAAGUGCCUUAAUGCCAUUAUCAACGACAAAGAUUGGAUAUGGCAUCUCAGAUAUGGGCACCUCAAUUUUGAAAGCUUGAAGUUGUUGGCAAAUAAGAAGAUGGUCAAGGGCUUACCUCAUAUUCAACGUCCAAAUGAGGUAUGUGAAAGUUGCAUUCUUGGCAAACAACAUCGCAAUAACUUUGGAAAGCAAGUUGAUUGGAGAGCAUCCAUGCCGCUCGAGCUAGUACACACAGAUGUCUGUGGUCCGUUGAAGCCAAUCUCAAACGGUCAGAACAGAUACUUCCUCACGUUCAUCGACGACUAUAGCAGAAAGACGUGGGUAUACUUUCUAAAAUUGAAGUCAGAAGUAUUUGAAAAGUUCAAAGAGUUCAAAGCUCUUGUUGAGAAAGGAAGCGGCUACCACAUCAAGACGUUGCGGUUAGACCAAGGAAGAGAGUACAUUGGAGAUCAAUUUGAGCUAAACGGUGUAGUUGAAAGGAAGAAUCGCACCAUUCUCAACAUGGCUAAAAGCAUGUUGAAAGAUAAAGACAUGCCCAAGAGAUUUUGGGCCGAAGCAGUUCAGUGUGCAGUCUAUCUACUGAACAGGUGUCCUACGAAGAAUGUGCAGUCAAAGACACCACAAGAAGCAUGGUCCACUCACAAGCCAGGUGUGGGUCAUCUCAGAGUGUUUGGUUGUAUUGCCUAUGCCGAAGUUCCGGAGGCAAACAGAACCAAACUCGAAGACAAAGGAGUUAAGUGUAUCCUUGUUGGAUACGAUGACAGAACGAUGGGAUACAGGUUGUAUAAUCCUAUCACCCAGAAAGUGAUUUUCAGCAGAGAUGUCAUUUUCGAGGAAAACGAAUCCUGGAGCUGGACCAGACAGAAGUUACCAGAAAUAUGGAGCUAG